CUCGGUCAGGUGCUCGGCAGCGCCGAGCCGUUGCUGCCGCCUGAGCCGCUGCCGCCGAGCCGGGCGUGCGGAUGGAGGGCGCGGGCGCGGAGCCGCAGCGGGAGCGGGAGCGGCAGCAGCAGUUCACCUACCAGGUCUUUCCCGAGCGCUUCCCGGAUGGCAAGCCCAAGCGGAGCUUCCUCGCCACCAGCUUUUUCACCCACAACCAGAAAUGCCAACUGAUGCUCCUCAAGGCGGUGGAUCGAAGUCCAUAUGUCAGACUUCUGUUGGAUGCUAUGAGGCGUUCUGGUUGCACUGUUUACAGAGAGAGACACUUUUCUUGUGAAGAUUGUAAUGGCAAUGUCAGCGGAGGUUUUGAUGCUGCCACGUCCCAGGUAGUGUUGUGUCAGAAUAAUAUCCAUAAUCAAGCUCACAUGAACCGAGUGGUCACUCAUGAACUAAUCCAUGCAUUUGAUCAUUGUCGUGCUCACGUCGACUGGUUUACUAAUGUCAAACACUUAGCCUGUUCGGAGGUUCGAGCGGCUAAUCUCAGUGGAGACUGCUCACUUUCCAAUGAAAUUAUCCGAUUUAAUUUUGGAUUAAAACAGCACCAUCAGGCUUGUGUCCGAGACAGAGCCCUUCGCUCCAUUCUGGCUGUUAGAAAAGUUAGCAAAGAAGAUGCCCAGAAGGCUGUCGAUGAGGUUUUUGAAUCCUGCUUUAAUGACCAUGAGCCUUUUGGCAGGAUACCACACAGCAAAAGUGAUGCAAAGCAUGCCCAUCGAGACUUUCAGAACCGGGAUCGCUAUUACUCAAAUGUAUGAAGACCAUGGGGGGCAUCUUGUGUUCAGUAAUUAACAGUGUUCGUGGAGAAAAUAUGGUUCAUGGACUGAAAGUAUGGAUCCACAUGCCACAGAGGUAAAUCCCAUUUGUUGGUCAGAGAAAUGAACAGCAAGGCAGAAAUGAAACUGCCUUGGACUUUUGGAUGUUUUUAAGCCUCAAGGCAGGGACUUUUCUUUUUGUCUUUUCAGAGGUUAGUAUUUGUGAUAUUGCCUUCUUAUGGCAAAUAAAUGAGAUUUGAGUAUUUUCUGCA